AUGUCCGACCCCACACCCGCCGACCGACCAGCUGGCGGCGGCGGCGGCGGCGGCGGCGGCGGACCGUCUCUGGUCUUCUGCCAUCAGUGCGGCAUCGAGGUGCGCCCUCUGAUGGCUCCCGACCCGACCUGCCCGCGCUGCAACGGCCAGUUUGUCGAGGUCAUCGAAGAAGGCUCCGGCGGACACCCGCGCGACCUCCACUCCUUCUUUGGCGACGAGCUCAACGACGAAGACGACGACGAGGCAGCAUACAUGGCCCACACCGCUGGCGCCGGAGGGCCGUUCGGGAGGAUGCCCGAUGGCGGCUUCGGCGUGCCGUUCGGUGGCGGCGCUGGCGGAGCGCGGCCCGACCUCGGUGGCCUGAUACAGGGCCUGCUCGGUGCCGUGGCUGCCAACAGAGCGACGGGCCGACAGCAGCAGCAGCCGUCAAGCCCAGGUGCAGCCAGGGACCAAGGCCGCGGCAGCAACCCCGGACCGGACGACGAUGGGUCGGGCCGCGACCGCGGGUCGUUCCAGCAGAGACAGGGCACCUCGCAGUUUGGCCCGCUCAACAUCCAGUGGGGCUUCCAGUACGGCAGCGGAUCGUCGGCAGAUCGCCAUCGACAGGAAAACCGAGAAGGCGACAGAGAUGGCGGCCAGGCCGGACGCACGACGACGCAGGGCGUCCCGCCGCUGUCCGACUUCCUCCGCACCGCUUUCGGGCCUCGGGACCUCGACCCGCAGCCCGCCGCUGGCCGAGAGGACAACGAUACGCACUUCCACGACGACGGCAUGGGCGGUGCUGGCUCCGCUUCCGACGGCCGCCGCUUCAAUCACGACAACCAGGGUGGCCUGGACGAUGGCGGACCGAGGCGCGACGACCUGCCGCCGGAGCUGGCCGGGCUGCGCAACCUCUUCACUGGCCUGUUUGGCGGCAACCUCGAUGGUGGCGGCCUGGUCUUUGACUUCCUCGGCGGAGGUGGCGGUGGCGGUGGCGCUCGAGGCCAGUGGGGAGACUACGUGCUGGGCCAGCAGGGGUUGGACGACAUCAUCUCGCAGCUCAUGGAGCAGACGCAGGGCUCAAAUGCGCCGCCGCCCGCCGGCGACGAGGAGAUCCAGAAGCUGCGACGGUUCAAGCUGAGCGAUGCGGACAGAGUCGCCAAAGCCAAGAACCGAGACUGCCCCACGUGCAAGGAGGACUUCCUCCCGGAGGAGCAGCCCGCAGCAGCGCAGCAGAGGGACGAGAGCGAUGACCCGCCCGAGCAGGCCGUGGAGGACGAGGAAAAGCAGCAGGAGGACCUUGCCAUGAUGCCUUGCGGGCACCUCUUCCACGAAGACUGCCUCGUGCCCUGGCUCAAGAUGCACGGCACCUGCCCCGUCUGCCGCAUCUCGAUUGUCAAGCAGGAUGGUGCGCAGCACCAGCAACAGCAGCGCGGUGGCCAGCAGUCGACCAGCGCUGCCGCCUCAACGGCAACGACGGACACGGCAGCGGGCCAAGGAUCCGUGUCGAACGGUCGGGACGACGAGCCGGCGAUCCCUGGCGGGUUCCCCUCGACGAAUCCGUUCCUGCGCCGUAUGGACCCGCAGCCGGAGCAGCACAGCGGCCGAGCGACGGACCAAGACGAAGAGACGCCAGAGCAGCGAAGAGAGAGGAUGCGGGCGGCUGCCGAGGCGAGGCAGCGCGCCCCUGCAGAGGGCGAGCAGGAAGCGACGUCGUCGUCGUCAUCUUCGUCGCGGCCACUGUCGUUCCUCCAGCCGGAUGAGCUCGACUGA